UCCCUUCCGGUUAACGACACCCGCACCGACCAUCACUGUCGGCCCGCCUCCGGUAAGAGCGUCUCCGGGACCCUCGCGAAUUCAAUUUUUUUCCUUCUUCCGCGCCGUUCUCUGUCGUUUCGCCCACUUCGCCUUGGAUCAUGUUCAAGAAAUUCGAUGAGAAAGAAAACGUGUCCAACUGCAUCCAGUUGAAAACCUCCGUUAUCAAGGGCAUCAAGAACCAGCUGGUGGAGCAGUUCCCAGGCGUGGAGCCCUGGCUGCAUCAGAUCAUGCCCAAGAAGGACCCGGUCAAGAUCGUGCGGUGCCACGAGCACAUAGAGAUCCUGACCGUCAACGGGGAGCUGCUGUUCUUCAGACAGAGAGAGGGGCCUUUCUAUCCGACUCUGAGGCUGCUCCACAAGUACCCCUUCAUCCUGCCGCGCCAGCAGGUGGAUAAGGGCGCCAUCAAGUUCGUGCUCAGCGGCGCCAACAUCAUGUGUCCCGGCCUGACCUCCCCCGGGGCUCAGCUCUACCCCGCUGCGGAAGACACGGUGGUCGCGAUCAUGGCGGAGGGCAAGCAGCACGCCCUGUGUGUGGGCGUCAUGAAGAUGUCUGCAGAAGACAUCGGAAAGGUCAACAAAGGCAUCGGCAUUGAAAACAUCCACUAUUUAAAUGAUGGGCUGUGGCAUAUGAAGACGUAUAAAUGAGCCUGCCAAGGAGUGCGCUUGGGCUGGAGAUGGACCUGAGCCCCCUAAAGGAAUGCGCUUGGACUCAAUAUGGACUCUCUGCUGUAUCUGUGUCUGUGUCUGUGUGUGACAGCAUGAAGGCACUACUUCUGUGGUUAUGCUGAAUAAAUUCAACAGAUGCUAAAAAAAUAAAUAAAAGACAAAGUAAAGAUUUGGCACAAGCGCA